GAAACCAAAGAGGUGAAGUUCAGCAUUGCAGGACGAUGGAUUCCACAACACCUAAACUCUAUCAUGUACAUGGAAUGGAUUCUAGAGAUCAUCUGGAUUUAUAUUUAUCUAAUAAGGAGGGCAUGGUCUUUGCAGACGAUAUUAUAAAAUUUCCAAUGGUGAAUCUUUACUAUCUGCUCAGCAACGGUCGAAUUGAGGGUAAGUUUUUGAUUGACAUCAGCAUUGGUUCCUUCAUUCACCAUCUUUAUUCCGCCUCCAAUUUCUUCAAAAAAAUUAUCAUAUUAAAAUUCCAAGAGAAAUGUAUCAUGGAACUGAGUAGAUGGCUACAUGACCGUACCGGAGCAUAUGAUUGGUCGCAUACAUCAUCAGCCGCAGCUGAGUUAGAAGGAACGAGAGAUCAACUUCAGGAAAAAGAAAUGCGCCUAAGGUCGUCCAUCAUGCAGAUUUUGAAAUGUACUUUUGAACAGGAAAACAUAACUUCCCCGGUGCUACUACCACUUGCUGAUUGUAUUAUCAGUGCGUGGAUACUGGAAGUUAUCAGUAAAAAUGAAGAUGAAUACAUGAAGAAUCUGGAGAAGAUAAUAAAACUGCUAAAACCCGGAGGCCAACUAAUACUUAUUGAGUCAUUAGAUCAAACUUACUGGACUGCUGGAGCACAACGAUUCCAUUGUUUUAAAUAUAAUGAGGAGUUUGUGAAAAACGCCUUUGGUAAGGUGGGUUUAGUCAUUGAUUACUGUGCAGUGCAGAGGAGACGCAAUGUCAGCGAUGUCGCUGAUUAUAAAGCUAUUAUAUUCAUUGUAGGACGCAAAGGGAAGUAGAUGACUGAAGACAAUAGCAUUCAUCUCAGUGUGCAAAUCUUAUAAAGAAACUACAGGCAGCAAAUAGAAUUAAUCAUUGAGCUACUAAUGGCAGUCAGAAAUCACAGCAGUUGCGCUAAAGUCAGUAAUGUUAUUUUGCAUUAAUCUGUGUUAAAUGUUGUUAUCAAA